UAUUUUAGAGCAGAAGGAAGAUUAUGAGGAGGAGUGGAGUGAAUAAGCAAGAAAACUCCAGCCCAUUCAGCUCCGCCCUCAAACUAGAAGCAGAACCCAUCUCCACAUCAAAAUUUCUUUCGACUUCUUUCUCUCCCAUUAUGGGUACUUCAUAUGUUUAUCGCUGGGCAUGUUGAUACUCGCUGGUAUAUUUGCAUCUGAAAACUGCGGGGGAAAUGAUUCCACAUUUCUUCGAUUGUAACUAUGAAAAACUCUUUCAGGGAUAUACAAGACAAUUAUAGUGGUGUUGUUGAUUGGAUUUGUAGCCUGGACAUUUUAGGUCAUUGUCCCUCCGCAGCCUAAUAUCUGUGGGUCCCCAAACACUCCACCCAUCACAGCAACCAGAAUUAAGCUUAGGGAUGGAAGGCAUUUGGCUUAUGCGGAACAUGGUGUCCCCAAAGAAAUGGCCAAAUAUAAGUUUGUCUUCUUCCACGGAUUUGGCUUUGGUAGAAAUGAUGGAUCAUUUGUAACCCCGGAAAUAACUGAAGAACUAGGAGUCUAUCUUGUGUCUUUUGAUAGACCAGGAUAUGGGGAAAGUGAUCCAGAUCCAAAGCGAACCCUGAAAAGUACGACUUUUGAUGUAGAAGAGCUAUCUGAUCAGUUGGGACUUGGAUCCAAAUUUUAUAUGUUGGGUUUCUCCAUGGGAGGGCAAGUAGUAUGGGCUUGCCUGAAGUAUAUCUCUCACCGGCUAGUAGGAGCAACACUAGUUGCUCCAGUGGUGAACUGCUGGUUGCCUGGUUUUCCCAACAAUCUAGCUAAAGAAGCCUAUUAUGAACAACUUCCUCAAGACCAAUGGGCAGUUGGGGUUGCUCACUACACCCCUUGGCUUACUUACUGGUGGAACACGCAGAAAUGGUUCCCUGCCUCUCGUGUUAUUGCUCAAAAGCCUAAAUUAUCUCCCCCAUACGUGAAAAUUCUGACCACGAUGUUUGCUCGGCAAGUAAGGCCAAAGGAAAAUGUAACGCAACUAGGGGUAUACGAGUCGCUCCUAACGGACAUGAUGGUUGGAUUUGGGAGCUGGAAAUUUUAUCCUAUGGAUCUCGCAAACCCUUUUCUGGACAAUGAAGGUUCCGUACACUUGUGGCAUGGCAAUGAAGAUGGGCUUGUUCUGGUUACACUGCAACGUUACAUUGCGGGAAGGGUUCCAUGGAUUCACUACCAUGAAGUGCCAGAUGCUGGGCAGUUCUUCCCUUGUGUAGAUGGAAUGAGAGAGGCAAUCUUCAAAACACUCUUACUUGGGGAGAAAUAGCCCAUUGCAGAACAAUUCCCCCAUCUAUCUCAAAAAUUUCGGCAUUGUUGCCCUAAACGUGAAAAUUUUGGAUACAACGGUUAUUUGUAACGCUCCUCUCACAUGAGGUGGAACCUCCAUAUA